AUGGAGUCCGCCAUUCGCUGGUCCCCGAGCUCGUCGGCCACUGAACAACGCUUCCUGUCAGUCGAUGUCACGGGGAAAUCAUUUCGUCUGUGUAGGGUGACUGGGUUUGACGGCAAGCAUUUACGCCAUGAAGUGAUCUCCACCUUGACCAAUGUGCCCGGUUUUCGCGCAUUCGACUGGUCUACUUCAAAUGAGAACCUGAUCGCCGUGGGCCAGUCAUCUGGGGAGGCCACCAUCCUACGCCUCGAUGGGGAUGCCAAGGAGUCACUUUCAUUCCCAGUCCGCAACCAACGGUACUGCAAUGCAGUUGCAUUUAGUGCCCACGGUCUUGUGGCAUCGGGCCUCGAUCGCGUUCGGAACGACUUUUGCUUGAAUAUUUGGGAUGUCAACCAACGACUCAGUCCUGCUGGUGGAAGUAGAGGAUUUACUGAGCCCUUGAGAAAGCUCGCCAGCUCAGAGCCUAUCACCAGUAUCAAGUUCUUCCGAGAUCAGCCUGAUACGAUCGUAACCGGUGUCAAAGGCCAGUUUGUUCGGAUCUAUGAUCUAAGAGAGGGACCUGGCAAUCCAUCAUUACAAUUUCCCACUCGAUGUGUUCAUAAUCUGGCUAUUGAUUGGCUUGAUGAGAACUACAUUGCGUCUUGCAUUCCAUCAAAUGAAAGCACCAUCUGCGUGUGGGACCGUCGCGUUGGAUCUCGACUGACAUCUCCAUCAAUGGGCUCUUCUGCUAGCGUCGCAGAUUCAGGUCAAGCGACGCCUGCUUUAGAACUCAAGAAUGUUUUUGAUCCGAAGUCCUCCAUCUGGAGCUUGCGCUUCUCAAGGACGAACCGAGGCAGUCUCGCUGCGCUGUCCAGCAGCGGUCAUUUCAAGAAUUACGAUAUUGCCAAAGACUACUUGCCGGAGGAGUAUCGCUCUUCGAUAGACGAGACUCUUGGUCAGGGAUCUUCCAGAAAUUACCCAGAAUCGGUAUACACCAAGCACGUGCGGGACGUUUGCGUACCCUUUGAUAACCCGACGCGUGGCUGCAAAGAAAAAGACCGCGUUGUUUCAUUCGAUUCCAUGAAUCUUAGCUUGUCCCCUCAACCAAGUGCUAUCGCACUCGACGGCAAUGGACAACCCCAGAUCAUCACCGCACGACCCCCGUGCGCACCAAUUGAUCUAUCUUCACGGAGUGUAUUGGCAUGUGGUAUCGCAUCGAGUGACUCAGAUGUGCGAUCGAUUCACCCACUGUCUGAGCACAUUUCACCCAUCUCAGACCUGAUCGGGAACAUUAGGUCACGCGUCUGCUCGACCUCGCAAGAGCAUGGGGCAAACUCAAAUGGUCAGCUGUUCGUGUCAAAGAAUCUUGAUCUCGAGCCGGUCCCAAGCCAUGAGAACCGGGAACGCGCCAUGGCUCUCGGAGUGAUGGGUGUUCCCCUUACUGCGAAAGAAGCGCUCACUCUAUGCACAAUCAACCAAUCCCGGUGCAAAGAGGGUUAUUUGUUUGAUGAGGCUCAAAACCGAAAGGUGGCCUCUGAUGAUCAAGCUCUGCAAGACGUCUGGGGCUGGAUUGAACGUGCUCGAAACGAGUCUUCUGGGAUGUCAAUGGUUGUCAAUGGCUUGGACCUAAAUUAUCUAGGUGUGAGCAAUGUUUGGAAUAAUGACCUAGGGAAAGGUUUCGAACAACGUUGUAUCAGCGCUAAGAAGGAUGAUGCUAAAACAGUUGCGGAUGCAGUAACAACUUUGGCAACUCAGUUGAACCUCCCUGAGACGAAAGGUUGCCACACGGCUUAUCCCGAUCAUCGCCGACUCUGCCUUCGUCUCUGUGGUGCAACGCAAUCUUACCGUGAGCUGGAGGAAUCAGUGAAAACCUUAUCUGGCGAAAACCAGCAUACUAAAGCUGCUGCACUGGCUGUCUUCCAAGAUGAGCCUAAGCUGGCUUAUCUUGGGCUUCGAAGCAACAACCCUACCCAAGCUCAUAAAUUGCUGGCCAUGGCGAUCGCCGGUGCCUCCAAGGGGGACAAUGACACAGACUGGGAAGAUACUUGUGCGGAAAUCGCGAAGGAGCUCACUGAUCCAUACGCUCGGGCGAUCCUAGCCCUUGUAAGCAAAGGCGACUGGAAUGCAGUUCUCAAGGAAACCACACUACCUCUGAAGUAUCGCGUAGAGGUCGCGCUACGCUGGCUUCCAGACGACGAACUAACUGAGUAUCUGAAGGAUGCUACAAGCCAUGCAAUUCGUCAAGGCGAUAUUGAAGGAGUGGUGCUCACAGGCUUGGGUCAUUUAGCCAUGGGUCUGUUCCAAUCGUAUAUUGGGAAAUUCAAUGAUGUCCAAACUCCCGUGUUAGCAAUGAGCCAUACCGUGCCACGGCUUGUUAGCAACCAAAAACACAUUGUCCAGUUCGAGGCCUGGCGCGAGACCUACCGGCGACAAAUGAACUCCUGGAAACUCCAACUCGAGCGAGCUCGAUUCGACGUCGGCUCUCGUCGUUUUGCUGUGACUGCGGACGGUCGCAAACUCAUGUCGCCACCGCCGCAGCAAGUCAGCCUCACCUGUAACUACUGCACGAGUCCGCUCACUCAGCACGACGCUUCCUCCCAGGCCUCCCCAUCUAGCAAGAGUGCCGAAAAUGUUCAUCCCACCACCGGGAACCCACUGGCACCCACAAUCAUGUCUGGGACUGUGUGUCCGCGGUGUGGUCGACAUAUGCCGCGCUGCGGCGUCUGCACCUUGUGGCUGGGUUCGCCAGACCCAAUGUCACGGGCCAGUAUUGCUGCUGAUGCUGAGGCGGGUUCUCGCGCGCCCACUGAGACUGAGGUGAUGAGGCGGUUCGUGGUGUUUUGUAUCCAUUGCAACCAUGGAUUCCAUGCAAACCAUGCCAGCGACUGGUUUAAGCGGCAUAAGAUCUGUCCCGUAGCAGAGUGUAAUUGCAUCUGUGAUCGGUGA